GAUGAUCAAGCUGCAAAUUUCUACACGCUACCCUUCGGAGGGUCUGUCUUCCCGUGGGUCUUGAUGUAGCUAGAUUCGCAUUCUCCCAGUCCAAUUGUACAUGGAGUUUUACACAAAGCAGAGUACAUCACAUCUGAGACAUCUGCGCUUUCAUGCUUUCUAUGAUAAUCUGAGUCCACAUCGCACCAUCUUUGCUGCGAACCAAAUUUUUGGAUUUCAGAUUCACCUGCAGAUCUUUUAGCUUGUGUACACUCAGUUGGUUUACCAGUGCAAAUCAAACAGAUCUCUCCGUUCAAUUUCACAAUAGAGUGCAAGAAGCGUCAUGGCCAGCAGUCACAUGCACACAAGUUGUCACACUUGCGUCGAGAAGUUAGUUCUCUUUGGGUGAGCCGGUCCUUCGGAUCGAGGCAGGGGCCUGUAGGCCUCGCGCAUGCCAAGCAGCAAACGUUUCUUACUCUGAGGAGAGAAUGGAAGGUGCAGGUGCGUCCAAUGUCAGUCGCGCUGCUGAGACACGGGGAAUGGACUCUGCAGACGAGGCACCGGAGCUUCCCUCCGCUGUCCAGGACCUUAUACGGCGUCUGGAAGGAAAAGGCGAGCCGAUAACGGAUCUUCCCGAAUUAAGCGAGAAAGAAUUUUGGGAUUUCUUCCCGAAGAUUGCAUCGCCCGCGACGAUCACAGGGUGGCGAAGCCAAGUGCGCCUUCAAGUACUGGAGGCAAUCGGCAACUGCAACACCUUUGAGAGCCUAGAUGUGGAUAUAAUUUGUGGUGGAGAUAUAUCGAGGUUGACGGAAAGUGAGUGGGAGGUUGUGUUCAGAGGAUUUAAAUCUAGCACCGUUCUAGAAACCAUAUCCCUUUGGGAUUUGGAAUGGAGUUCAGAUGCGGAAGUGGAGAGCUUGUGUUCACAGAUAGGGAGAAUGCUGAAUUCCUCUAGCGUAAAAAAAUUGCGUAUAGUAGAUACCAAUUUGAGUGAGGAGACCGUUGGAAUUCUGUCCCAGGCUUUGAUCCAGAGCUCGUCGUUAAAAGUAUUGGCAUUAUAUGGAGUGAAGUGGGGAGAGGCCUUGUUGCUGAACGCUUUGGCCCGAGAUGAUGGCAACCGAUCCAUUGAACGUCUUUGGCUGCAGCGUAUGGAUGGACUCGGAGGCUGUUUAAGGGAAGUUCUUACUUCCAACCCAUCAUUGAAGGAAGUGAGGUUGAACAACUUGCGGAUGAGUUCUGAGGAAUGGCGCCAGCUCGGCGAAUUCAUACGUGACAAUGCUAUAGCAACAAACACUCAAGUUAGCUUUGAUGGGAAGUAUGUUGGAGAUAACUGGGAGUCAAUAGAAACUCUUGCGCGUGCUGCUAGCUCCAAUGUCAAGGACCCCACUGUGGAGCUUGUACUCUGUUUUUUGGGUGACGAUGAGUUGAUGUUAUCACUAAACCUAUUAGGUAGGGUACUGCGCGGUGAAAUCAAAUCUCUGAAAUCUUUCAGUAUAAUGGAAUGUAGAUCUUCAGGUGCUAACCAAGAUAGACCGGAAAGUUUCCUGUCGAUGAAGGGACAAACUGGAGAAGCUUCCGUCCUGAAGAGACUCGGAUUGCAUGUUGAGAAAGAAGAUGCUUGGAAGGAAGUAUGGAAGGAGCUGCUUUUGUGCCUGCGAGGGAACACAAGUCUCACUCACUUGGAAUUGAGUUCGAGCCGUCUCGACGAAGAGGCGUUCAGGGAUCUGAUGGGGCUAUUGCAAGUCAACUUGACUCUCCAGGAAAUAGAUCUCUCGCGCACCCCAUGGGAAAGGGACGGAAAGGGGGCGCUGAUUCAAGCGGCGCUCAAGCAGAACCAGAAGCGGGCCGCCUACAUGUCCGUGUUCGUAGAGGCCAAACUGAAAUUUGGAGAUGCAAAAGCUGGUCGACUCUUUCUCUGUGGCUCUCCUCUAGCAGGCAAGACUCAAUUACGUCUAACACUGGUACACGGCACAAAUUGGGUACGAAAAAAAUGGGCCAAAUUCAAGUGGAGGACGGAAGGAAUUGAAGUAGAGUUCCUGCAAAACAAUGACGAAAGUCAAAUCUCAGUUUGGGAUCUUGCGGGUCAAGAGAUUUUUCGUACCCUUCAAAGUGUGCUAUUCCCUCAAACCAACAAUUUUUGUGUUUUUUUAUUUGUUUAUAGCCCCUUCUGUCAGAAAAAAAAAAUAUACAAAGAAGAAUCUUGUUUUGAGAGAGAGUUGGAAGAAUGGUUGAGUUUUAUUACAUCUAGCACUAGGGUCACAGGACUUAAUCUUCCACAAGUUCUUGUUGUGAUUUCACACAAGGAUAAAGCCAGAUGCAAAUCUUUGAAUUGGGCUCACUUCAUAAUGGUCAAGCUCGCUAAAAGAUUUGCAAGAUUUGUAGAUCUUCGCCCUAUUCAAGAGUUUUUUCAUGUGGACACUAGAGAGACAGAGCAAGUUAUUCUUCUCAAAAAUCACAUUUUUGAGAUCUUUCGUGAGUUGUUGAGUGAAAAAUCUCCACGCGUUCCUCAAUUGUGUACUCAACUCUCACAUCACUUGGUUAAAAAAACCAAGAAAAACAGAAAGUGCCCUCUUUGGUCAUCAAAAAAGUUUCAUAACUUUUGUACCCCCAUCUUGAUAAAGUUCUGUCCAUAUUCUUCCCCUCAUUCAAGGAUAAUGAAAUCAAUCAUAUCUUAUUUGAAUGACGUUGGAUCCAUAAUUUCUAUCCCCAAUCUUGAUUACAUCAUUGUUGAUCCAAACUGGCUCACCAAUAAAUUAUUGGGUGAGUUGGUAUCUCUGGGUCAAAACUUUCAAGCUCAAGAGCAUAAAAGAACGUCGCCUGACUCAUACUCAAGCAAGGACGGAUUUGUGAGUGAGAGUGUCUUUGCUGGGUUGAUAGAAGAGUUUCUGCGAAAGCAACCGCAUGGACAGAAAGGUGUGGACAGAGAGCUGAUUGAGAACAUACUUAUUAAUUUAGAUUUGUGUUUCAAGGUGGAAGAUACUUCUCAGUAUUUCAUUCCCUCCUUCAUACCUGAGCAUGCAAGCACUGAAGGACAGAAGCCUCAAGAAGAGAAGGAUUUGGGGUCGAUGGCUUGGGAAUCUAGGGGUGAGCAUGCAAGCAGUGAAGGACAGAAGCCUCCAGAAGAGAAGGACUUGGAGUCGAUAGCUUCAGAACCUAGGAGAGAGACUUCACAAUUUGUGGGCAUCCGGAUUCAAUGCCAAGAUGGAAGAACAAUGUCAUUGACUGCUGCUUUUUUCCCAUGCUUCCAGAUGUUCAUGAGACGCAAGUUGAUAUCGGAGAUGUGUGUCUCCAAGAAACUUGUAACCUGCUUUCGACAUUAUCUGCGACUUUUCCUUGAUGGACACGAGAUCUAUGUCGAGCAAGGAAAGUCUCACAAUUACGUGGAUGUUCUGAUGUUACUCUCAAAGCAUAAAUCAAGGUCAAAGGCUCUGCAAUACUUGAUGAAGCAUAUCGUCAAGGAAUUGAUAUCAUUUUGCGCAUCAUCCAAAGGCUGUCCCGGGGUGGCGUUAGUGCUCGGAGUGAUCCAAACACAUUGCGUGGAGAAGCUGAUUCCAAGUCAUCUCAGAGGAGCCAUUCUAAUCGAGGAGCUGAAAUCAAACUUCAUUCGUGACAUUAAUGACAAACUUGAGGAUAUUCAAUUGGAUAGGUUUCACUUGGUGAAGGAGGAAGAGUUGUUCAGCUAUGAGCACUCUUGGGAUGCGAUUGGAGGGCACACAGGGGUAAUUUCCGAAAGAGCUAGGGAUUUGUUGUGGGAAAACGAUGUGGAAGCGGUUGUGAAUGAGAUCCAACAGAAGCGAAUGCAACAAUUGGGCUCAUUGCAGCAAGGUUUAAACGAAGUGAACAAAGAUCUGAUUCAUUCUUACCCUGAAAUGAAAGACUCCAAUCGACCUUCAUCCAGGUGCUUAAGUCGGGAGAGCACAAGUGUUGAAUCUCGUGAAAUCCGAGAUGCUUUGGAGAGGAUUGAAAAAAAGGUUGAUGGUGUUGAUGAGAGGUUGAGAUUAGGUUUGCAGAGAUUGGAGAUGAAGAUGGGACAGAUACUCUCUCUGCAACAAGAAUUUCUGUCAACGCUGAGUGAUUUCAUGUCUAAAGUGGACAGGAUUAUUGAGUAUCCUCUAGAGUUUCAGCAGACCAGAGCCCCCAAGCGACCUUACGUUACGGAUGAUGUUAACAUUUUCUAUAGAAUGAGUGCAAAACUGCAUGUCGGGAUAACCGUUCGAUUACACUUGAUGUGUGAGUCUGAGACUGGAUUUCACCUUGUGAAAGAUCAAGAAGGUUUAAAAAUCCGCUUUGAUCGGGAGAACUGUGGGUGGAUUCGAAAAACUAUUGAAAUUUCAUUCAAACUCAUGUAUUAUGCUGCAAAGGCUGGACUAGAUGCGACCCUCGGAGUAGGCCAAGCGAUUCCGGAUUGGGGAGAUUUAAAAUCUGAUAUUGUUAAACUAGAUGGCAUUAGCGAUCGUGAUCGGAGGGCAGUUCUAAAAGGUGGGGAAAGCAUGGAGCUUGAAGAAGCAUGGUUGAGGAUUCAGCAAACUCUUGCGCCCAGGCUUCGAGAUAACUAUUCGUCAAUCUUCAAGUUGUAUCAGGUGAAAUACGUGAGACUAGAAUUAGGUGGGCAUGCGUGGGUGUGCGAGGAGUGCAUGGAGAAAGGUCGUCGCUCUGGCAUUUUGACAAAUUAGGAAUUUGAAGAGGUUAAAAUGUCAUUAUGCAGUUGACAAGUAUAUGUUUAGACACUGAUGCCACAUGAACCUUUGCAAAAUCUUCCUUCGUAAUCUUCCUU